AUGUCUUGGAAAAAAGGAGGCCCAAACAUACCUACUGUUCCGCCUUCAGAUGCACAAGCGAAAGAGAAACUUGCGCUGUACGUUUACGAGUACCUGCUUCACAUCGGUGCGAAAAAUGCCGCUCAGACGUUUUUGCAGGAAAUCCGAUGGGAUAAGCAGAUCACUCUGGGCGACCCUCCCGGAUUUCUCUGUUCCUGGUGGUGUGUAUUCUGGGACUUGUAUUGCGCUGCGCCUGAACGACGGGACAGUACCGAUCACUCGAGCGAGGCAAAGGCGUUUCACGACUAUGUAAUGCAUUGCGCUGCUUAUCUGUCAUCUGUAAUGUCUGAUCGGUAUGUGUAUUUAGGGAUUUGUCAACUCAGGAUACGCGGUCAACGGCAUCCAUGGAGCAGUAAGUGA